CAAAUGGUCUUUCCAGAACUCUUCACGGAUUGGUCAAAAGUUGCAGCUUCCUUGAUUGAACAAGACAAAUAAGCGUGCCCAUCCGGUGUCCAUUUUCGCAAAAUUCGUUUGAGUUGGAGAAGAAGUCGCUUCCCCGCCUCUCGUCCCGUUCUUCUCCACGAAUGACCAGUGCAUGACGUAGGCGCUUGCUGUCCAUCGCUUUUGUGACGCGUGCGGCACCGCCAUCAAAAACACGCCUAGUCCUCUCGUCUUUCUUGUUGACUUGCUUCCAUUGCGUGGGCGACAAACACAAGUGAGACACGAACACGCGAAGACAAGACAAUCUCUGCCGCAUCUUCUGCUCAUCACCAAUCCAUCCGCUUGCUAGACCUAGUCCGAGACUACCUACCCCUCGACACUUCUGCUACCGAACCUCGGGAUGGCUUCAAUUGCUACCACCAAUGAGGUGAUUGAGAGCACAGUCAUCAAGGCGCCGCUCGCUCAAGUCUGGCACUUGAUCAAGCUGCCCGAGUUCCACAAGUUCUGGUCCGCGAUUAAGAAGACGGAGAAGGUCACGGGCGUCAGCGACGAAACCGAUGUGGUCAGGUGGCACUUUAAGGAUGGCAGCAAGGUCGAAGUCAAGCAAGACGAACACAGCAAUCUGGCCCAUUUCAUCACAUUCAGCGUCAUCUUGGCGGAGCCUGCGCUGACCUACUCUGGCGUCGCCAACACCAUUCGCUGCUGGCCAGUAACGGCGGGCGACUUUGAAAACAGCACGUUUGUCGAGUGGACCUCGAAAUUCACCAGCGAUGCAGAUUUGGGUGUCAUCCAAGACGCCAAGUACAAGCGCCGGGAUGCAUUGAAAGACCUCGCCGAUGCCGCCUACAAGGGCGUUCGAGAUUAGUCGUCUUGUAGUGAUAUCUUCUUGAUUGAGGAUCUGUAGCUGGCUAGGAAGCGGGCACAGUUGUGGCCUCGAAGGAGAUGCCAAUCUGAACAUAGCGGAGCACCAUCAUUAUAAAAAGAUCUGGCCCAAAUGCGGUAUGAAUUAGGAGGGUUUAUUCUGUGGCCUUGGUAUCUGGUCCGAGGACUGUCGAGC